AUGGAUGCUUUGUUCGGAGAAGAUUCCGAUAACGACUCUUCCCGUUCGAAAUCGUCAUCUUCCGGUAAUGCGUCUUCUUCAAACUCCUCGUCUUCUUCAUCUUCGUCUUCUGGGGCGUCUUCCUCAAAAGGCGGAGAUGGAGACGGAGACGGCGAUGGUGCGGAAUCUAGCAGCGCGAGCGAUAGCAGAAGUAGCGGUGGGAAAGAGGAGGAGCAGGGAGGAGACGAUAGAGUAGAUAGCUAUAGGCGCAACGAUAAUGGAGAAAGUGGAGUUUAUGCUUAUGACGAAGAAGAAGAUGAAGACGAGAAGGAUCUUUUCGGGUCUGAUAAUGAAGAGUACACUAAGACUCCUGCAAUCAGCACUUACUCAAUUCCGGUUUUGCCUGCGGGAUGGAGCAAUGACAACCACGGAGGAAGAGGAAUGGGACGAGGUCGGUGGCCAAAUGGGAGAGGAGGAGCUGGGCUACUUCCUCGGCCUGGGCCGUACCCUGGAGGACGUGGUGGUCGUGGUGGUUUUGGUGGGAGGUACCAGAACUAUCAGCGUGACGAGCGUUUUGUCUCUGAGCUUAAACUUUCGAAAAGCAAAGAGACAUUAGCUAGGAAAUCUACCCUCGUUCAGGAGCCAUGUGAGCUUGCAAGCUACAGUCGUGUAGAAGGUGGAGAAGUAUUCUAUGAUGAGCGAGGAUUGAGGCUUUUCAAGCGUCAUGUUUCUGAAGACAUUGGAGCGGAUUUAAAUCAAGGCUAUGAUACUUUUGUUGAGAAAAUAGAUCUAGGCUCUGAGGGCUUCGGUGACCUUCUUGGAUGUGUUAGAGCAAAAAACAUUUCGUUGGAUAACAUUCAUUUUGUGACAUUCCGUAAUAAUCUAAACAAGAUACUUGGUGCUGCUUACAACCGGCAUGAACCGUGGGAAAUGGGUGUGCAUAAGAGGAAUGGAACCAUAUAUCUGGAUGUGCAUAAACUGCCUGAAAGGCCGCAGAAUGACUUAGAUCGCCGCAGAUGUUACUGGGGUUAUUGUUUCGAAAGCCUUGCAACCGAAGAUCCAGGAAGAGCUUAUGGUGAAGAAAUACAUCAUGUGGAUUCCAAUGUCGAGUUUUGUUCAGUUGUCAAGACUAAACUCGGAGCUCACCGUGUUCUGAUGGGUGCUGAAAUGGAUUGCUGCGACGAAACUGAAGAAGGAAGGAGGUUUUAUAUAGAGUUGAAAACUUCUCGCGAGCUGGAUGAUCGUACCGUAGAGAGAUUUGAGAGAGAGAAACUGCUUAAAUUCUGGAUACAAUCAUUCUUAGCAGGAGUCCCCUAUAUUCUCGUCGGAUAUAGAGAUGAUGGAGGGAGAUUAGUACGAACAGAGAGACUAAGAACGAAAGAUAUCGCGCACAGAGCUAGAUUGAAAAACUAUUGGCAGGGAAAUGUGUGCUUGGCAUUUGCUGAUGAGGUUCUUUGCUGGCUAUAUGGCACUGUUAAAGACAAUGAAGAUUACACGCUUCAGUUUGUGCACCCUUUCAUGAGGCUAGAGCUUCUUCAAGCUCAGUCUUGUCCUGACGCCAUCACUAAUCAUGUUCACCUUCUUCAACAUCCUUCAUCACCACCACCACCUCUGUAA